UUGCAGCUCAAAUCCAAUCCCAGUAAUAAUGAGGAAAAAGAAGCCCAGACUCAGCUGACAAAAUCUGAUGAGCUACAGCGCCUGCAUUCACAAGCAUUAUCUGCCUACCAGCAAGAGGAUUACAAAGCCGCUAUUUCUCUUCUUGAUGAAAUCUUGGCAGUUUGUGUUUGGGAUGCAGAGCUACGGGAACUUCGAGCUGAGUGUUACAUAAAAGAAGGGGAACCAAGCAAAGCCAUUAGUGACUUGAAAGCUGCUGCCAAAUUAAAGAAUGAUAACACUGAAGCCUUCUAUAAAAUCAGCAGAAUAUAUUAUCAGCUGGGGGACCAUGAAUUAUCACUCAGUGAAGUCCGGGAGUGUCUGAAACUGGACCAAGACCAUAAGCAGUGCUUCUCUCUCUAUAAGCAAGUAAAGAAACUCAAUAAGCAGAUUGAGUCAGCAGAGGAAUUAAUCAGAGAAGGCAGGUAUGAAGAUGCUAUCAAUAAAUAUGAUUCUGUAAUGAAAACUGAGCCAGAAGUCCCAAUUUAUGCUACUCGUGCCAAAGAAAGGAUCUGCCACUGUUUAUCAAAGAAUCAGCAGGCUACAGAAGCCAUAAAACUUUGUACAGAAGUUCUGCAGCUGGAACCAGCCAAUGUUAAUGCCCUGAAAGACAGAGCAGAAGCUUAUUUGCUAGAAGACCUCUAUGAAGAAGCUAUUAAAGACUAUGAGACUGCUCAAGCCCAUAGUGAAAAUGACCAGCAGAUUCGGGAGGGGCUAGAACGUGCCCAGAGGAUGCUGAAGCAAUCACAGAAGAGGGAUUACUAUAAAAUCUUAGGAGUAAAAAGAAAUGCUCGAAAGCAAGAAAUCAUAAAAGCUUACAGAAAGCUGGCAUCCCAGUGGCACCCUGAUAACUUCCAGAGUGAGGAAGAAAAGAAGAAAGCAGAGAAAAAAUUCAUUGAUAUAGCAGCUGCUAAAGAAGUCCUUACUGACCCGGAAAUGAGGCGGAAGUUUGAUGCAGGAGAAGACCCACUGGAUGCAGAGAGUCAGCAGGGUGGGGGCAACCCUUUCCACAGGAACUGGAACACGUGGCAAGGAUUCAACCCCUUUGGCUCUGGCGGAGGACCAUUUACAUUCAAAUUUCACUUCAGUUAGAGCCAAGACUGUUUCUGGUGGCUGCUGCUGUUUUUUACUUAAUUUGUUGAAAAAUAAAAAGUCUCUCACUUCAACACCCAAAA